GGAUCCUGGGUGUGUGCGGGCAGUUCAGUUCAGCUCAGAGACUGAGAGAGAAAACACCAGCAACAUCUCAACGUGAGUCCAGCUGUGCCUGUCAUCUGUCACCGUGCUCGUUACUUCUUCUCCAGCGGACGGACUGAGAAUGGGAAACUACCCGCGCUAGUUUCCGAAGAGGACAUUAAUUCAGGGGGAACUGUGCUAAAACUGCCAGGUUGAGUCUUCAGUCGAACCAUUUACCUGCAGAAAGGGCCCAGGAGCACAGUGGAAAUGCAGACUUUUCUGAAGGGCCGGAGAGUCGGCUACUGGCUCAGUGAGAAGAAGAUGAAGAAACUGAAUUUCCAGGCCUUUGCUGAUCUGUGCAGGAAAAGAGGAAUAGAAGUUGUUCAGCUGGAUCUCAGCCAACCUCUGGAGGACCAGGGACCCCUGGAUGUCAUCAUCCACAAACUGACCGACCUAAUCCUUGAGGCUGACCAGAAUGAUUCACAGGCUGUGCUGUUGGUGCAAAGAGUACAGGACUACAUUGAUGCUCAUCCUGAGACUAUCGUCCUGGAUCCGCUUCCAGCCAUCCGAACUCUGCUGGACCGCUGCAAAUCCUACCAGCUCAUCCACAGAAUAGAAAGCUGUAUGCGAGAUGAGAGGAUUUGCUCUCCUCCAUUCAUGGUCCUCAACACCGAGUGCAGCCCAGAUAUGCUGGAGCAGAUCAAGAGGCAAGGACUCACAUUCCCCUUCAUUUGCAAAACGAGGGUGGCUCAUGGCACCAACUCCCAUGAGAUGGCCAUUAUCUUCAGUGAAGAGGACCUGAAGGAUGUGAAACCUCCAUGUGUGAUUCAGAGUUUCAUCAACCAUAAUGCAGUACUCUACAAGGUGUUCGUGGUGGGAGACUCCUACACUGUAGUGGAGAGACCUUCCCUUAAGAAUUUCCCUGCUGGACCUGCAGACAGGAAAGCCAUUUUCUUCAACAGCCACAAUGUUUCCAAACCAGAGUCGUCCUCAGACUUGACCUCAAGAGAGAACGUGGAGGGAGUGUCUCAGCCACCCAGUGAUGAUGUCAUCAGAGAGUUGUCCAGGUCAUUGCGAGAAGCACUGGGCGUAUCCCUGUUUGGCAUCGAUGUAAUCAUCAACAAUCAAACAGGCCAGCAUGCCGUCAUUGACAUCAAUGCAUUCCCAGGUUAUGAAGGUGUUCCGGAGUUCUUCAACGACCUCCUGAACCACAUCAUCAGUGUGCUUCAGAGCAACAACCCCGACUUUGCUCCUGCUGGUGAACAGCCCAAAGGCCUGCCGGUGAGCACCACAGUACCCAACGCUGCUCCGCCAGCCCCGGGCUGCUGCAGCAUGCUGGGAAAAGAGCUGCAGAGACUGGGCUGCAACUCGGCCGUGUCACCCAACUUCCAGCAGCACUGUGUCUCCACGAUAGCCACCAAGGCUUCCUCCCAGUGACUGAUUUUCCUCCCCUCCCAGCCACCUUACCUCCCCAUUUGAUCCCUGAACAAAUAACGGAUGACAGUGGUGACAAUAAUAAUAAAUAAUAAUCAUAGUAAUUAUGAUGUUAAUGAUGAUAAUAUAUCUAAUCAAGAAACAAACCUUUUCUUAUAUAGUUAUUGGAAAUGAUGGUGAUUGGAUGUAAGCUUUGUUAUUUUUUUUUCCUCUGCCUUUUUUUUUUUUUUUUUUUUUUUGGUAUUUUUCGUUUUGUCUAAUGAGACUUUAACAGUACUGUAAUGUGAACUUUGGGAACUUUUGCCUAAUAGCUGAUUUUAUUUCUCUCUCUUGCGUGAGGUCUCUGUAAUGAAAGGGUCCAGACGAGGUAACUAGUUGGAAGGCCUAAUCAGGACUGGAGAAUGACGUGCCACUAGAUGUGCAAUGUAUGAUCCCUUGUAUCUGUCUCUCACACACACACACAACCUUCCUACAGGCACAUUUACACUGUGGCCAACUGUGCCAGUGAUGUGUGUUUGUAUUCUGGUCAAUACCACUGAGUACUGUGUACAAAGGUGUGGAGAGAGGAGGUGUCUGGGCAUUUGAACACUACUCCACAGAUCCCAGGCUGCUAUGUGACUGUGGCCAACAGACUGCAGAGAAUGAUGAGAUUGUUUUCUUGGUUUAAACAAACAGGUGAGCAGUUUAUUUUCCGAGUGCCAUCAAAUUCAGUGUGAGUGUAGGAAGGACUGCAGGAACAACAAAAAGAGCAUUCUUUUCGAAUGUUAAGAUGAAAUCUACAUGACCAUGUGACCAAGUUCAUUAGUUUUUUUUUUUUUAAUGAUUGUUGUGGCACUAGAGUGUGCAGGUCUUUUGAGUGUUUUUUUUUUUUUUU